UGAUAUUUCAGAGUCUUUCUUUACUUAAUCGGAUGGUGCGAUUCCAAAAUAAAAGGAUUUUGACUAUAUUCUGCCUUUUUAUACGACUAUAUAUAUUUAGAUCCAAGGGUCCAUAAAAUAACACGAUAUAGAUCCAAAAGUUGUUAUUUUUUUUUAGUAACGUUCUUACUUAAUUGACCAAAAUGGGGAAUUAAUUAUUUAAAUGAUGAGUGGUGAUAAUGAUUUCUUAGUAGUACUAUGCCGUCUAUAUCGACACAUGGCGUUAUAUAAACACAAGCCUCACAUUUGAGAAAGAACAAAACACAUUUGCUUGUGUAGCCAUCACAAAAUCUCUCUCUACAUAAACACAAGCCUCACGCCAGAGAAAGAACAAAACACAUUUGUUUGUUUUGCCAUCACCAAAUUUAUCUAUUUCCCUCUCCCUCCCGCCUGCUAUAAUCAUAGUCAUGAUGAGAGUUACGGUGUCUAGGUCACACACAGUUGCGUCUUACUGUCUGGUGGCACUACUGAUCCUAACACUGGCGGGAUCGGUUAAAAACAGCCACGGAGGUGGUCGGAGAGAGAAUUUUCGAGCAGCGGGGAGAGGAAGAAACUGUGAGGUUUGGAGAGGGAAGCAAAUGAUGGAGAGGCCAUGUGAGGAGUUAUACGUAGUAGGGGAAGGAGAUACGCUUCACAGCAUCAGCGAAAAAUGCGGCGACCCGUUUAUCGUGGAGCGUAACCCGCAUAUCCAUGACCCGGAUGAUGUCUUCCCGGGUCUCCUCAUCAAACUUCACAUUAACCUCCCUCAAUAAGUCAUAACAAGUUCGUUUUCUGUACAUUAUGGUUACAUAUAUAUCUCCUGUUUUUUUUCUUGUACGUUUUGGUUUUUGAAUGAAUAACUUGAACAUUUCUUUUUUACUGAAUUGUUUUUAUAUGUUUGGCACAAACAAAGACCGAUACACUUUUGGAUUUGUUCUUGUUAAAAACUUUCUUUUGUCAUCUGGGUAAAAAGCGGAUAAAGCCAAAGAGACUAAGAACAGAGUACCGAAAUUCAAAAACAGAGCCAGACAAGGCAAAUUGAGAACAGAGCCAAACAUGACAACUAAAAACCAACCGUGGCCUCAGCAUGGAAUCUAUUGAGCAGCCAAGCUGGACCACGUAAGAGUGAAAAUGAUGUUUUUGGCAAAAACAUCUAUUGCAAGUGAAUUGGAUUUGCUUGGCAGCCUUACAAUCUGAAGCUACGUCCACUUCCAUAAGAUGAAGAUUUCUCAAACUUUGGACAGCCCAAAGAAUAUUUGGCAGCUCCACAUUCUACAAUAAUCUGAUUUCCUGAGGUGAAGGCACUCCCGUGCCAAGCUGUUCGCGGAUAUCUCUUCUCUUGUAUCUUUUUUUUUUUUUUUCCUUUCGUAGUAUGUUCUCCUCCAUAAAACUUUAAAACUAUAAAUCAGAUCAUUUAGUUCUUUUCACCAAUCUUCAUAAUAUCUAGUUUGAUAACUCUUGUAACGUUUCUAUCUGAUCAUUAUAA